GAACACGUCUACACUACUACCAUCAUUGUAUUAUCUUCACUAUGGAAAACUUUCCUGACGGCGGCGCAGACACAACGGAUCUCGCCACCCUUUCUUAUAAUGACGAUGUUCCCUACGAGGAGCAGAUCCCUACCCAUUCUUCGAAUGAUCCUGGGCGAGCGGCGCUUCUCGACCGUAUUGGUAACACCAAAGUGUAUGUGCUCUCUGAAUCGGCUGCAGAAAGGGUCGCCAAGCGUAAACGCACGGCUGAUGAAGAGGAUAAUGAUGUAGAGAUGGAGGAGGAUUUGUCGCUUCGCACAAAUGCGUUACUUCUCACUGGCCCACCAAUAUCGUCUCUGCCGACCGCAAGAUUAUUUGCCUACGCUACUCAUUUUGACGCGCAUCCGAUCGCUUUAGAAUGGCUUAAUGACAACACGUGCAUCUUGGUGUUUGAGUCACAAACCUCGGCUCGCAAGGCUCAUAGGUAUCUUCAAAAGUCUGCUGUAGAGGAGCCCGAUGUGGAGGGUUUUAUCACCGCUAAAUCAAUACCAAUCCCCAUAUGGCCGCCAGAAGAACGAAUAAACAAGAGCCUUGGAAAGGGAGAGGGAUUGAAGGGCACGAUACGCAUGCGAUGGGCGAAAGGAGAUGAUGUAAAAAAGAAGGGUGCAAAGAAGGAGAGCGAGUUUUACAAAAAGUAUGGUACAGAUGCUGGAAAGGAUACGGAAAGCGGAGCUGGGCCGGUGAAAAGAAGGAGACAGGACGCUGCUGAGGUGGAGACGCAAAAGAAAGCGGAGCUCGACGACGAUUUGGAUGCCUUUUUGUCUGAAGGUCGGCCCUCUUCGCCUCCUUCGAAGAUGCGUUCCGAUUAUAUCGAUACUGGGAGAAAAUCGCUAUUGGAACGGACGUCCUUCAUGCGUGCGCACUUUGACGAGCGAGAGGGUCGUCCAACUGCUCCAUUACCCACCCGUUCAAGAGGGCAUCUGACGAACAGAUUAAGUAGUCCUAAAUGGGGUGAGGAAGAGGGUAGAGAUGUGGAUCGGGGUAAAGGCAGAGGACGGAGGGGAGAGCGCCCGAAGAAGAGCCAACAAGAGCUUGAUGACGAGCUUGAGGCUUUUUUAAAAGAGAAGGAUUAAUUCGUUUGCAUAUGGUGAUCGUGCACGUCCAGUAAACACGACGAAUUUGACAGUGCCUCCAUGCUAUCACGAUGUAUAUCAUAAUAUGUACCAAUGAACACAACCCAUCUCAACUGACCACACCCGCGCUGCUCAAGCAGAAGGUAGGGCUUAUGCAUACACUACUAACGUCACAUGAUCACCUGUGACUUUCUUGUAUAUAUCUAAUGGCACGCACAAAACCUUAUUUUUGUCUUAAAAAAUUGCACAGAAAGUUUUGCAGUUAAAUUCUGCGCAACU